AUGAUUAUUCUACUUUCAGUGUCUGUGCUGGUAACAUUAUGCCAAGCUCAGACGUGUGAGGAUGUGGAUUCAGCAAUUUGUCAGGACAUGUUCUCACUUGAUCCCAACAUAUGUUCGAAUGCCUGCUAUUCCGCGACCCUUUGCCCUCGUUUCUGUGGAAAAUGUCCACUGAAGUGUUACUCUUGCCACGAAGUGGAUAGUCCAGAUUUAUGCUACACAACAACACAAUGCCCAUCUGCUGAUCAUUUUUGUAUCUUAACGGAGUCAUUCAAUGACAACUUCCAGGACGUUUAUAAACUCGGUUGUGCCUUGAGCUCUGUAUGCACAGCUCACUUUGGUCCUGGAAUAGGUCGAAGAGAAGAUCGUCCGUCAAAACGAAGUGGGCUUCAAGGCACAUGUUGUGGUACAGAUUUAUGCAAUGUGAAGACAAGGAAUAUUACGACACAAAGUCCUUCAACACCUCCACAGCCAACACCAGAGUCAACAACUACGAAUCAGUUGUCUUUCUCAGUCUUUCCAGAUAUACCACGUGAUCUAUCUGAUAUAUCCCUCAAAAUUCAACCAAACACAACGAUGACGUCAGCGCCAGCUGUUUCGUCCGGUCUGUGUGAUGAUAUUGACGCUGAUAUCUGCACUCGUCUUGAAACGGAUUUCCCAGGGAUGUGUUCCAUUGACUGCAUUGCCAACGAAAUAUGUCCACGAAAAUGUGGCAAAUGUAUCGGAUGCUACCAAUGCAGUCACGUCACCAGCCCGGAGUCUUGUUCACAGAAAACCGUUUGUAGUAAGGGAGAGCAAUGCUUUUCGGUAGAGACAGUAACAACAAAUUUUGAACAAGGGUUCAAACUUGGAUGUAUGGACGAGAGGCUUUGCUCGACGUUUGGUCAUGCUGCUCCAGGGAUAUUCGGCAAACGGCAAGGGUUCGAAUUGUCUCUUCAUGGUGGGUGUUGCAAGGGAGAAUUUUGCAAUCAUCACGCAUUGUUUCCAACUUCCACGGUUCCAACGACCACCAGCACUACAACUAUACCAACUACAAUGACGACCACAACACAGACAGUAUGUCCACAUCGUUAUUCGAGUUGUCCAUCCGGCUGGAUCCAUCACCAAUCAUCAUGCUACGCUAUUGGAACACCAAUAAUGGACUGGAACAGCGCUAAGGCACAGUGUGAGAAGAAUUGCGGCGUGCUUGCCGAUUUUGACAGCUCAACUGACCUUCACAGUGUCGCAUCGAGUAUUGGACAUCAAUUCUCCCAUCAUAUCAGCUCUAGUAGUAUCAACGUUUGGGUGGAUGGUAAACUAGCUCAUUCCGUAUGGGAAUGGAGCAACUCCGGACACACGGCUCAUUCAACUCUACAACACAAUAAUAACUUCAUGUACUCCUACUGUGGAUACAUUACAAUAGUCCCGCACUCUGACUCACACACAUCGGGUAUCAGCUCCUACCUACAUCCCCAAGCUUGUAGUGUUGCAUAUUUACCGUUGUGUGAAAUUAAACAUGUAUGCGCAUCGCAUUUCGGUACAGUCAUAGGUCGAAGGGAUGACGAAAACAUUUCAAAACGAGGCUUGCUCAAAGGAUCUUGCUGUGAUACUGACUUGUGCAACGUGAAGACUCGCAACGUGACGAAUGCCUUAAGAAACCAACCGCCACCAACGACACCAACGACACCGCCUUUGCCGCCAGUAACGGACACUCUUGUACCUGUUAUAUACCCAACGAUGUUUCCCAUAUUUACACCUAAUGCGGCAACGACUAAGGUUACCACAUCUGCUUCGCGAAUGACAACGACUGCCAUGGUGACUACAGCUCCUGUUAGCACAUCUAGUCUUUGUCAUGACGUUGAUACGGAUAUAUGUUCCCGCCUUUCAGGAUACUUUCCUGACAUGUGUACCAUCGACUGUAUUGCAAAUGAACUGUGUUCGACAUUUGGCGAAGCUGCUCCAGAUAUUUUCGGAAAGCGACAAGCAUUUGAACUGUCUCUCCAUGGUGGAUGCUGUAAAGGGGAUCUGUGCAAUGACCAUGCCCUGCUGCCCACGACGACUCCACCACCGACAACAACUCCUCCAACGACAGUCCCAACGACUACGACUCACAUAAACUGUCCGAGUCAUUACAUCAGAUGUCCAACGGGUUGGAUUCAUCAUGGAAGUUCAUGUUAUGGUGUAUCACUUACUUUAGUGAACUGGUCGGAUGCGAAGGAAACCUGUAAACGCCUCUGUAGUGGAUUAGCAGACUUCAGCUCCUCCAGUGACUUACAUAAUAUCCUGCAGGACGUCGAAAGCCACAUCUACAAAAUAAAUAGUCUAAAUGGUGCAUCGGCGUGGGUAGAUGGACAGGUGUCCGACAGGCAUUGGGAAUGGAGUAACGGACACACAGCAGAUCACAGUCUACAACAUGAUCUAGAAAAUUCGGACAACCACAAGUGUGGAAUGGUUAGUUUAGGAACACGUUUCAGCAACCACUUAUACGGAUUAAGCAGAUACAUGAAUCCGACUGACUGCGAUGAAAAACAUUAUCCAUUAUGUGAAAUACCACAUGUUUAA